AUGUUCAAUCCCCCUGUAUCAAGGAAUAACUUAAGUGAAACUGGAAUUCAAGAUGCAAUGUCAUUUUUACCUAAACAAUUUGUUGUAGACCCGUUACAUCUACAGGUUGAGUUAGAGGUACUUUAUGACCAAUGCAAAGAAGUGGAAACUGUUUCGGAUGUAGCUGCUGUUUCGGAACAAACAAAGAAAAUGCUUCCUAUAGCCAAUAGAAUGUGUCGUUUACUGUGUACAGCUCCAGUAACUGUUGCUGGAAAUGAGCGUUCGUUUAGCAAGUUGAAAUUGAUAAAGAAUUACUUAAGAACAACCCAGAGUGACUCCCGUUUAAGCGAUUUACUGUUACUUUCCUCGGAAAAGGACAUAGUAGACGAUAUUAAGUUAGAUCUUAUUGCUAAACAAUGGUCAAUUUUAAAAAAAAGAAGGAUUUGUAUUUAA